GGAAAAUUAGAGGUUAGAUUAUGGGAAUGGGUAGUUUGUCUUGACACAGCAUGUCACUGCUGGAAUGCUGACAACACACAAGAGAGGUGCAGAGGGAACACCAGCCGGGAUAUAGGAUGCCUCGGAGAUAGACGAGCCCAAUGACGCAACGGGUUUACUCAAUACAGCUUGAAAGCGUGAGGGACAGGAUAAUACUUGCAGGGUUUCCCACGUCUCCUAUGACCAAACGCAGGCUGAUCACUUGGAAACUGACAGAUAUAACGUGACAGGCUCACAGAUCCUCCUCGGACUUCUGGAAACAAGCUUCUCCGGAUGGACCAACAAACUUUCAUGAUGGCAUACUUUGUAUUACUUUUUCUACCUUGUGUUUUCAGUACAAGGGGGCGCAUACUGUCUGCUGGGUAUGAAUCAAUGACCUCACAAGUGCCAUACAGCGGGACCCGGAAAGUUCUAACAACAGACAACAAAGAAUGUAAAUUCCCAUUUCGUCAGGGGGGAAGAAUUCAUCACCACUGCCUCACCAUCCGGUCCUCAAAACCCUGGUGCUCCCUCACUCAUAAUUUCGAUCGGGACCAGCAGUACGGUUUCUGUGCGCCACAGAAAAUUAUUCCAGAUGUUUCUGUCCACACGUCGCGCAGAAUCACAGAUCCAUGUCAGGUGACCCUCUGUCAGAAUGGAGGGGUCUGCACACGGAUCCCACACACUAAUAACUCUGCUGAGUGCUCCUGUCCGGAGAGCUUCACUGGCAUACACUGUGAGCACAAGAAGUGCUAUGAAAUGGUACACCUGCACUAUUAUGACACCGGAGAGACUUGGGGACGAAUUCACCUCCGUAAUGUGGAACAGUGCACAUGUGUGGCGGGGGAAAUCGAGUGUGAAAGAGUCCGCUACACAAUGUGCCGUUUAAACCCUUGUCAGAACGACGGGACGUGUCGACGGAUCACAGCCACCCGAAAGGAGGUGUGUAACUGCAGGUGGGGCUACGGCGGCCCCCACUGCAGCGUCGAGCCGGAGUCAGAGUGCUACACCGGCAGGGGCACAGAUUACAGAGGGGUGGUGGACACGACAUUGUCCGGCGCCCGCUGUGUGGCCUGGAACUCAGACCUGCUGUACAAUGAGCUGCACGUGGGCACGGUGGACGACUCGCCCCGCAAAGGCCUCGGGAAUCAUGCCUACUGCAGAAACCCAGAUAAAGACAAGAUGCCGUGGUGCUACACGCUAAAUGACGGCGCCAUCUCCUGGGAGUACUGUGACGUCCCCGCCUGUGUGAUGUCUGUGUCCUUUUCACGAAGGAUUAUCCCAUUUAAUGUCCCGAAGCCUUCCAAUCCCGGCAAAAAGCAUGUGUGUGGGAAAAGGCACAAGAAGAGGUUAUCGAUAGCCAGGGUCCGGAUAAUGGGCGGGAACUCAGCGCUGCCAGGGACUCACCCCUGGAUGGCAGCCAUUUACAUCGGAGAGUCAGACUUCUGCGCCGGCACUCUGGUCUCCUCCUGCUGGAUCGUCUCUGCGGCUCACUGCUUCUUCCGCAACCCCCUGAAGUUUCAGCUGAGGGUGGUGCUCGGCCAGCAGAGGUUCAACGUCACGGGUCCAAACACCAGGACGUUCGGAGUGCAGGAGUACAUCUUUCCAAAACAGUUCUCAGUGUUUAAUCCAACACUACAUGACAUUGUUCUGAUUAAGCUGGCGAAGCAGGACGGGCGGUGCGUGAGAAGAACUCCGUUCAUUAGACCCAUCUGUCUCCCGGACAAAAGCAUGGCGUUCCCUGAUAGCUUCUGCUGUACCAUCAGCGGCUGGGGACACAUGCAUGAGAGGGCAGAGGGUUACUCUAGUCUGCAGGAGGCUGGAGUGAGACUGAUUCCUCAUGACGCUUGUAAGAAGCCAAAUGUUUAUGGCAACCAUGUCACUACUGACAUGAUUUGUGCGGGGCUGAACGGCUGUGCGGACGCCUGCCAGGGCGACUCGGGGGGCCCUCUGGCCUGUGCGCAUCAUGAUGUCAGCUUCCUGUAUGGCAUCAUCAGCUGGGGAGAGGGCUGCGCCCGCUCCAACAAACCCGGUGUUUACACUAAAGUGACGAACUAUAUCGAUUGGAUCAAUUCAGUGAUCACACGCAAACCCAAGGCUUUGUGAAUGGAUGUUACCUGGAUAAUAGCUUUAAUAUAUAAUAUUUUGUACUUUAUUUUAUUGUUUUAUAUUUAUAAUGCUUGUGGAAGUUUAUAGAUUAUCUUUUUUAACUGUGAAACACUUAGUGACUGAAUAAACCUUUUAUGACUUGAAAAAGCUUUGAAUGUUGUUGAGCCUAAUACAUGAGUUAUAUUUGUAUGUAUUUUCACAAAGAAAAUCCCAAUUUAAUGUGAAUUAAGAAGCUUAUUGAUGCCUUUUAACCAUAUUGCACAGAAUUAUAGAACCG